CAACUGUGCUCACCAUGACAACUUUGAGCAUCAGUGCCAGGAAUUCACUCCCUAAGGUGGCUUAUGCAACUGCUAUGGAUUGGUUUAUCGCAGUGUGCUAUGCCUUUGUGUUCUCCGCUCUGAUUGAGUUCGCCACCGUAAACUAUUUCACCAAGAGAGGUUAUGCCUGGGAUGGCAAAAGCGUGGUUCCAGAAAAGCCAAAGAAAGUGAAGGAUCCUCUUAUGAAGAAAAACAACACUUACGCUCCGACAGCAACCAGCUACACCCCUAACAUGGCCAGGGGUGACCCUGGCUUAGCCACCAUUGCUAAGAGCGCGACCAUAGAACCAAAAGAAGUCAAGCCAGAAGUCAAACCUCCAGAACCCAAGAAGACCUUUAACAGUGUCAGCAAAAUUGACCGCCUGUCAAGAAUAGCCUUCCCACUGCUAUUUGGAAUCUUCAACUUGGUUUACUGGGCUACCUAUUUAAACAGAGAGCCUCAGCUCAAAGCCCCCACCCCACACAAGUAGGUCCUUUUAUUCACAUUCUGCUGUUCAGUCCUCUGCAACGGAAAUUGCUUUCUGUUCUCAACGCGGUAAUUCCCAUCUGCUUUAUUGCCUCUGUCUUAAAGAAUUUGAGGGUUCCCUUAUUUCCAUAAUUCCUACAAGAACACACCCCUGUCCAGCAGUGCAGAGCAGAGCAGAGAAUACAGCUGAGAGACAGGAUUCUGAGAGUGAGAACGAGAGAGCAAAAACAAUCGCAAUGGAAGGAGACAG